AUGUCGUUCGCGCCACCGCCGCCCGCCAACAGCACGUGCGGGGGGGGCGAUGGGGGCGGGGCGGGCGGGGCGGGCGCGGCGUGGGGGCUGCAGUACCUGUGGAACCGCUGCACCUGCGCGCUCAUCGCGGCUCUGCUGGUGCCGGCGAUGGCGCUGCUGUUCCCCGCCAACCUGCGCGGAGCGGACUCCGCGGUGUGCGACUAUCUGGCGGCCGCCACCAUCGCGCACGUCGCGCCCGCCGCGCCCUCGCUCUGGCUGCACGCGCUCUUCGCGCUGCUGCUGCCCCCCGCCGUGCACCUCGCCAUCCGCGCCUUCCGCCGCCAGCGCGCGCGCGCCAGGGCGGCAUCGCAGGGCAGGGAGGAGGGCACAGGCGGCGCAGGGGGUUCGGGGAGGGCGUGGGGUGGAGGGGGAAGCGGGGGGCAGGGCAGCGGGGAUGGGGAGAGCCCGCGGGAAGGGUAUGCUGCUCUGCACUGCGUUGCGCGCCAUGGCGCCACUGGCGCUGGGGACGCUGAUGGUGCUGAUGAUGCUGUUGAUGGCGAUGAUGACGUGGACAUGACAGCGCAUGACGUGGCAGAGUACACCAUUCUCAUUCGCGGAGUGCCUAGAGGCCUGUCAGCCUGUCCUCAGCUACUACUGGAGUACUGGGACAGGCUGUACCCGGGGAGGGUGGCGAGGGUGCUGCAGCCACCUGACGUGGCGGCAGCGCUGGCAGCCAGGCGGUGCGUGGCAGCCCUCACAGCCCGUCUCGCCCAGGCACACGCCAGGGCCGCACUGCAGGGCACCGCAGGCGUGGAGACAGGUGCAGGCGCGGAGCCACAAGCACACGUGCAUGGUGACGGUGGUGGUGCUGACGUGGCAUCUGUGCACGAGCCACUCAUCGCUUGGAGUGGCCGGCAGGGCCCAGCUGGCAUGCAGGGGAUGGGAGGAGGGGAGAUGGAGGAGGGGGAAGAGGAGGAGGGAGGGAUGGGGGGGCAUGGCAGUGGCACAAGUCGGCCCGUGGCGUCCUCUCUCCUCGCCUGCUUCCGUCUCUUCCUGCCACCCGACACCGCCCGCUCUGCGCUGCGCUGCCUCUGCUUCCCCCCUCUCACCGCCCUGCACUCGCUCUCCCUUACCCCCUCGCACCUCCUCGCCCCCCUGCGCACUCUGCUCCUCAACUCCUCCCCGGCAUGGCUGUGGGGCAUGGGGGUGCGCGACUGGGGGGGGGAGGCGCAGAGGCUGGAGGAGCAGGUGCGCAGGGCGGAGGGGGAGGCGCAGCUGUUGCGGAGGGGCAGGGGGGGCGGGGCGGGGGUGGCGCUGGUGGUGUUCCGCGAUGCCUACACGGCCACACGGGCUUUAAGGGACGCACUGUGGGCCUCCCCCAGGUGGCGCCUCGCCCCCCUCGCCACCGCCUCCUGGCGUGUGGAGCGGGCGCCGCCCGCCGCCAGCAUCAUCUGGCGGAAUGUGGGCGGCAGCCGGGCGGCGAGACGUGUCCGCACGUGGGUGGUGAAUGUGGUCGUGGUGGCGGCGCUGUGUGCGUGGUCGUGCCCGCUCGCCCUGCUCUCUGCUGUCUCGUCUGCGGCCCACACUGCCGACACUGCCGCACUCUCCCACCUCAAUGCCUGGCUCACAUGGGCGCGCAGCAACAGCGGCACGGCAGCGGUGGCGCUGCAGUUCAUGCCCAACGUGCUGUCAUUCACCGCCAUGUACGGUGUCAUGCCCGCCGCGCUGCACCGCCUGGUGCUGUUUGAGGGCCACAUCACCACGUCGCGCCAGCAGGCGGCACUGCUGCUCAAGCUCACCGCGCUCUACCUCUUCAACCUAUACGUGCUCAAGGCACUGCUGGAGGCGUUGUUGCAGGCGGCACUACUGCACGCGGAGCGCUGCUCGCUGCUCUCCUCGCACUGCCCCACGGUGCUGCACUGGCUCAACGCCUCUCUCAUCCCGGCCUCCUCGCUCUCAGCGCUCUGCUUCCUCCUCACCUCCGCGCUGCUCGGCGUCUCAUUUGACCUCCUCGCGCCCCUCGCCUGGCUCGCCCCCCGCUUGCACCGCCUGCGCCUCUCCCUGCGCCGCCUCUCCCUGCGCCUCACUCUGCAGCGCCUGCUGCUCUCAGUGCAGCGCUGCUGCGAGCGCUUCUCACAGCACUGGCGCCGCAUUGCAAGGGCUGGAAGUGCAGGGCCUGGGGCGGGAGCAGGCGGAGAGGGCGUGGGGCUGGGGAAUGCGGGCAGUGGAUUUGAAGUGCUGGGAGGUUGGGUGGGAGCAGUGGUGGCGGGGAGGGAGCAAGUGGGAGGAGUUGGAGCGGUGCACAGCAGUGCUUAUGUGCCGCUGCCAGGGGAUGCUGUUGAGGGCCGUUGUGCGGAUGGUGAUGCUGAGACACGUGGCGGACAGCCAUUGGAUGACAUGGCUGAAGAUGCGGACGGGGCGAGGGACGAUGAAGAGAGUGGGAGUGAGGGAGAGAGUGUGUGCAGCAGUGAGAGUGACCUUGGGUUGCUUUCUCUGUUAGAAGAGGCAGAGGCAGAGACAGCCACUCACUCUCACCUCCUCUCCCCUUCCUCUCGCACAGCUCUCCUUUCACCCUCCUCCCCCUCCGCCACUCGCGCACCCGUAGCCCCACACUCCGCCCACCCACCCCCCUGCACGCCCCUCGACGCCUUCCCUCUGCCCGCUGCUGCAUGCAUAGCAGAGCCCACAUCAGCAGCAUCACAAGCAGACGGCACAGCAGCAGCACAGCAGCCGUCAGCAUGCACGUCCCCCACACCAGAGCCACCAGCAGGGGAGGCGGAGGCACCAACAAUGGGGGCAGAGGCACAAGAGUCUUCCAGGAAGCGGCGGGGCGUGCUGCAGUUUGACUAUGCGCAGUACUACGCGUACAACACCACGGCUCUCUGCCUGCUGCUCUUCCACGCGCCCCUCGCCCCCCUCGUGCUGCCCGCCGGACUGCUCUUCUUCUCCUACCGCCUCAUUGUCGACAAAUACAACUUCCUCUUCCUCUACCGCGCACGACCGCACCACCACUCCCACCACCACGCAGCACCGCACUCAACCGCGUCCCUGUCGUCCUCGCCAGCCUCUCUGCUGCCCCCCUCAGGCCCACAGCUGGUGUCGGAUGGGCGGCUGGUGAGGGCAGCCGUGGGGGUGCUGCGCAUGAGUGUAUGUGCCACCCUUGCUGCCCUUUCCGCCCUACUUGCCUUCAAAGGUGACCCCGAUAGGCUGCAGGCUGUGCUGUUGGGGUCGGUAUCGGUUGUCCUUUCUGUGAUGUAUGGCGUAGAGGCUCUAGUGCGCGUGCCAGGGAAGGCACGGGUGGUGGUGGGUGCGCAUAAGCAUGGUGGUAACCACGUGUUGCCAGACAGACUGGUGAACAGACCAACAGCUUAUGAGGUGUGCUGGCAGCAAGUAUUGAAUGAAGAGUUGUGA